AUGCUGGAUGAUUCCAGUACAGGCCCAGGCAGCAAGAAGAAAGCUUCAGGACCCUGUGGCCAUUUAGGAUCUUUGACUGCUCUCAAAUAUGCUGUGGUUGGUCUCUACUUGCUGGUGUUCCUGAUUUUUGUGGGCCUUUUUAUCCUAGCAGUUUCUAGACCUCAGAGAUCUCCUGAAGACCUGAAAAUGCUAAUGGGAAAUGUGAACCAGUUAAAUGAAAGUUUUCAGAAUCUUCAGUUGAAAACAGGGAAGCAGUUACCCUUCAAAGGAGACUUCCUGGACCAAAUUUGGAGCCUGCAGGACAUGCUCCAGAAUCAUUCUGACUCUCUGCUAAUAUUGAGCCGCUCACUUCAGAAGUUGGAAGGGGCACUCAGGAGCCUGCAGACCCAGGCAACUCAGGCAGAUCAAGUCCUUUCUGGCCUACGGGAUAGCCUGAGCCAGCAAAAUGACCUGGCACAAAUGGAAAUCUACAAGCUUGCUGUAGAGGGAAAUAGUAGCAGUUUGCUUCUGAGGCACCACGAGGACUUACUCUCUAAACUGGCAUCUCAAGUGGAGAGCUUGAAUGACCAACUGACAGAGGUAGGUGGGCAUGUGGGUAGCAUGAACCGGACUCUGUCUUAUGACGUGGGAAUCCACCACACCCGUAUCCAGGACCUGCAAGUCCUUAUCAGCAAUGCCUCAGAAGAUGCUCGGCAGAUGCGCUUUGUCCACAUCGCCAUGGAACAGCAGCUCAAGCAUGAGCUGGCCAUUCUGAACAAUGUGACUGAGGAUCUGAGGCUCAAGGAUUGGGAGCAUUCCAUUGCUUUGAGGGAUAUCUCAGUGAUACGAGGGUAUCCUGGUGAAAGAGGACAACGAGGGCCAAAAGGGGACAAAGGAGAUAUUGGCCAACGUGGGCUACCUGGCUUCCGGGGAAUACCAGGUGAGCGGGGCCCAAAGGGAGAGAAAGGCGAGAAGGGAGACCAAGCUGGCGAAGCAGGUAUAUCUUAA